AUAAAAUAUUCGAACCUUGUUAAUCUACCUAAGUUGACCUACCUCACUUACCUGCAAAUUGAACAACAAUAGAAAUUUUAUUCCCUCGUCUAUUCUUUCAGCCAUUCCACCCCUCUGUUCCUCCUAAAGUUCAAUAUGUCAAACUCGGUUGAGCUUACCCCGGAAGAGCUUGUGGUAGUUUCUCGGGUCCUCUCCGAACUCCUGGAUGGCAAAGUCCAAUUCGCCAUCAUGGGCGGAGCUGCCUGCUCGCUUCUUCGAGCUGUAUAUAACAUCGAGUACCGCGGUACCAAUGAUGUCGACUUAAUCAUAGCUCCAACACAAUCCUUCAAUGCUGAGAGCAUUUCGAAUUGGCUGGUUAAGACACAUCCAGGGAAAGUGCGGUCUGUGCAGCAAUUUGGGGUCGCUACUCCCGCAAUCCCAAUCUCACGAGGCGACGAUGAAUACCUCGUGGAAAUCGAGAUUUUUGACGUCCAAGCAUGGCCCAACAGACAACAAUAUGACCUCUCAGAUGCGGUAGCUAAUCCAACGGAGACUCUCUCCUUCGAAUCGCAGCCAUCGGUCUCAGGGUCGGGAUCACCAUCAGGCGUUGUCGGUGUUCCUGUCAUGCACCCUAAGUGGCUCCUUAGAGAAAAGAUUCUUUCCCAACAUGAACGACAAGGAUCAGCCAAGGAAAGGACAGAUAUUUCAGAUAUUCGGGCUCUGCUGGACAUCUAUAGCGGCGAACCCCUAAUCUUCUCAAGCCAGGAGCAUGUCGACAGCCUCCAGGCUUUGGUUCAGAAAGCUCCAGACCUAACUAGCGGCCUAAAGCGAGCUGUCUCAUGUCCUCAGGUUUUCGGAAUCUAAUCGAUUAGAUCGUCCUUGCCGACUCGACCCACGUCUCUUUUCGUUUUGGGUUUUCCUUCGUCUCUCUCGAUUCUUUUGAAAUUUCUUCUUCACUUCCUUUUUUGUCUUGGUUCAAUUUCUUUUCUUGGUUAUUGCGAAGUCUUUUAUCUGGUUUAUAUUUCAAGGUGGUAGCUAGGAGGGCAGGAGGGCAACAUAUAGACCCCUUUUCUUUUGAUUGUAGUAGUGCUAGCUUCUUCUGGAUUACAGUUACUUCACUUCUCCCAGUUUCCCAUAUCACGUUCUUGCCCGUGUCAUCAAAAAUAUUUAAUUUGAAGUUAUCUGAACCUACAAAACCUCAGGCUCAGGGAACCUGCAGUUGGGUUUGGCCGAGAUUCCGGGUUAGACCUCAGGAUCGAGGAACCUAGAGUUGGGUCCGGUCGAGGUUCUGGGAUAAACCCUUACUUCGGCGAUCCUGAAGCUGGGUCUGGUCGAGGCAUGCGGCCAGCCGAAAUUUUCGACUGGACCCGACUGAGGGCUACCCCGGAGACUCGGUCAAACCCAGCUCUCGAUAUUUCUAACGCUGGGAUUUUUCUAGGUCCUGGGUUUUUCGAGUUUCUGUUGAAUGAUUAAACAAUCUCAGUCGUAGACUAAAAAAAGAAUACCACUUUAAGGAAGGUGAACUAUUUUCCCUAUUACGUUAAUAAUUUAAGGUAAAAAUUAAUAGAUAAA